CUAUGGCGACUAGAGUAACCGUGGUCAAGGCAGUUACUUCGAAUAUAGCAAUCUACCCUAUGUUUUCUGAACUUCUUCCUGUUGGAGUUUGCAAUUCGAUUGACUGGUACAACAGAAGCUUCAUCUGGGGUGAAGAAGAAGGAAAAUCUAACCUCCAUUCGGUGGCAUGGAACCAAUUGACCCAACCUCGGCAACUUGGUGGCCUUGGUAUUCGGCCCACUAGAAGGGCUAACCAAGCGAUGUUGGCGAAAGGAGCUUGGAGCCUCGCUACAGACAAAUACAAUUUAUGGACAAGGGUGCUAAGAAGCAAGUAUGGGAGAGGCAGGAAGGGACUGCAACUGCUGGCACCAUCAAAGGGAAGUUCCCAAGCUUGGAAGAGUUUUGCUCAAACAAUCAAUCUCUUCGCAAAGGAGCUGCCAAAAAUGUUAAGAAUGGAAAGAAAACUAACUUUUGGCGAGAUGUGUGGGUUUUGCAGGAACCUUUAAUUACCAAAGCUUUGCUGGAUAUUCCAGAGGAGACACAGGAAAGAACCGUUGCAUAUUACUGGAGUGAUGCGACUGGCUGGAAGAUAGAAGACCUGGUUGAAUACCUUCCUGAUGAAAUUCUGAACAGAAUCAGAGUUGUCAUGCUUGACCCGCUGGACACAACUGAAGGCGUCCUUUUCUGUAAAGCCUCGCCUAAUGGACUGUUUACCACUUCCUCAGCUUAGAAACUUGAAGAUCAGCAGCAAGAAAGUCACAGCUCGGCCCACUGGAAUAGGAUAUGGCAUUUGAUGGUCCCGGAACGAGUUCGACUCUUUAUGUGGACAACAUCAAAAGGAAGACUAACAACCAAUGAUAUUAGGAAGGCCAGACACCUCACCUCUGAUGAUAAAUGUACACUCUGUGAUGCGGAUAUCGAAUCCAAUAGCCACUGUCUGCGAGACUGUACCAAGAUCAAGGGAGUGUGGGAAACAGUUGUCCCUGCUUCUCAACAUCAUCAAUUUUUCUCUGCAGCUCACGAUGAGUGGAUGAAGAAGAAUUUGGAGAACAGCGAGACCGUAGAAGAGACAGGGGAUUGGGCUAGUUUCUUUGCUCUCACUUGCUGGUAUAUCUGGAAGCAUAGGAACGAGUACAUCUUCAAGUCAACCAGACUAUCCAGCUCCACCCUCAUCAAUUACAUUGUCUCGAAGGCAAAUGAUUGGAUGAGAACGUGGAAGAAAGCUACAGCCAUCAAAGACUCUUUAACCAAACCGAGGAGAGAAGAACAGCUAAUUGGUUGGAUUCCUCCCCAAGUAGGGUGGAGGAAGUUAAACACGAACGGGGCAGCUUAAGGGAACCCAUGAAUUAUUACAACAUGAGGAGUCCUUCGAGACAACGAUAGAGAAUGGAUCGCGGGAUUCGUCUGCAAGAUAGGAACUGGGUCGGCAAUUCUAAUAGAGCUUUGGGGUAUCCACCAAGGUCUGGAGCUAGCUUGGAAAAAAGAUAAGCAAUUUCUUAUACUCGAAACAGAUUCUCAGCUAGCAAUUGAACUCCUAAACAAAAGAACUGACAUGGUGCACCCUCACGCCACUCUCCUGAAUUCUAUUAGACGUAUGUUGGUGCAAAGUUGGGUUGUUCGUCUAGUUCAUACGUAUCGCGAAGGGAAUAGAGUCGCGGACUGCCUCUCGAAGCACAGUCUCGUCUAUCCCUUCGGUACUUAUGAGAUAGAUGAACUUCCGACUGAUUUGGAAAGAAUCCUUCGUGAUGAUAUGAGGGGAAUUAGCUUCCCACGACAAGUUGUUAUGGACUACACUGAAGACAGCUGGGUUUAAGGUUGUUCUUAUGGUUUGUUCGCUGCUUUGGUUGUAAGAGGUUUGAGGGGGUUUUGGUCGACCACCAUUCUACACAAGUGACAAGUGAAAGAACUACAUUAAAAAAAAAAGUUAAAAAAAAGGAUGAAUUUUAUUUCAAGACAUACAAAGUGGAAGCACAUUACAAUUACAAUAGUGGAGCCAACAAGUCGACAAUGACAAUCCAAUCUCUAUGAAGAGUAUCAAGGUGAGCGAAUGUAUGUCGACGAGUGACGAAUGCCACUGAAAUCCAGAAAGCAGCACAAUGAACUGAAACAAUACACGCAAGGGUAUCAUUUUAUGAGUGAAAUGAAUAUGUUUUUCAAAAAUUUAUUUAUUUGUAAUGUUUGGAAUAUACAAUAGGUCAACAGACAUCUCAGAAUUGAAACGACUUCUCCCUUGCUCCGAAAUUCAACGUAUGAUACUAGAGUACUUCUCGUGUCCAACUUUGUUGACCCAAUGCUCCGUCCUAUUAUUCGCCACCGUCGACCGCUAAAAAUCAAAAUCACGCCGUUAUAUAUACAACUUCGGUUCCUCUCCUGUUUGUAUCUAACUUCGGUGGGCCUUCUUACUCUUUAGUGUCGUGAUAUAUUAAAUUGUAAUGAUUGCUUAAAAUAUCUAGGCACCACUUAGGCACUAUGCAAGACCCCAAUACCUGCCUAUAGCUUUUUUUUGGAUAAAUGUGAAAUCACUUUAUUAGUUAAUAAUUAAAAAAAUAAAUAAAAAGAGAAACAAACUACAAAGUACAAGCGCCAUCCAGCUUGUGCAACACACAUCUCUAGCUGCAGCAAUAGCAAUUAGCAAGGCAGCAAAAGAAAAUUACAAAGGUACC